GUGUUUGUUAUCUCAUUACUGACCAACACCAUGCUGACCGUUCACUCCAAGUUUGUGGAUGAGGAAGCCAAAAGGCGCAAGAAGAUUGCCAAGAUGUGGGCUCCUGCUAUCCCUUACUUCCCUGAGAGAAAGAAAAAGGGCAAGUCCUCCAAGGAUGAGGAGGAUGAGGACUCUACAAGCAUGCGCACCUUCAGUGUCCCCUUGGACCCAGAUGCCGGUGACGAUGACGACAAAAAGAAGCAGUACUAUACGGUCAAGCUUCCCGUCUUCGAAAUGGGCGACACGCCAGAAGAAUGGUGUGAAUGGCGCUUCAACAUUGACGACCUAGUCGAAACAUUGGGAUACAAUAAGACGAUUCAAAUCGUCCAUGUCCAGUGCAGCCUUCUCAAAGGCAAAAGCGCAGAGCUCUACCAAAGCUUCUACAUCAAACGGUUCACCCAAGAGGUCACAUCUGAGGACCAACAGAAGAAGGCCUUGAGCCAAGUCAUGAACGACAUGGCCUUGAAAAUCUUCAACGAUGGAGCUUCAUGCGUAACAAUCUAUCCAUGGGCAACCAUGACCCCAAGAUUUUUGGGGACCGUCUUCUUGAGAAGCUCAAUGGAUAUUUAAAAUAUUUCCCCAUUGACGAUGUGGAUAUGGAUCACCCACCCAACAAGAAACUUGAUUGGGACAAACUGGUGGACAUCCUGGAUAAUGCCAAACCGAUUACCUGGCACCCAGAAAUGCUUAGCCAGUGCACUACGCUAAAAGCUAAUGUGAAGAUCUUUCGAGUGUUUUGAGUUUGAGAGAAUGAAAGUUAUGAGAGAGAUUAGAAAGCCACGAAAACUAAUCCAUGAAAGAGAUCGUUG